CGUAGCAAAACGUUGUGCACGGGUUUGAGCUUGAAUGUGCCCCUCGUUCCACGAGUAUUUAAACAACCUCCCAGUUCAUCAGAACUACUUGUUUCAUUUCUCUUCCAGAAAGAAACAUCUGACGACACCACAGUUUGACCAUGUCAGACAGAGGACCCAGGGGUGAAGACACUGUGGACGGCAGACAAGUGAAUGCCAAACAGGGUUCGUAUCUCAAAGAUGCUGGAGUCGAUCAGACGGAUGCCAAACCAUAUUCAGAUGUUUUUCAAUACAAUAUGAACUAUGCUAGUCUGGGACAAUGUGUCAUCAUCAACAACAAGAAUUUCCAGAGAAAUACAGGAUUGAAAGUUCGUAAUGGGACAGAAAAAGAUGAAGAGAAUGUGAAAGACACUUUCUCAAAUCUGGGCUUCAAAAUCAAAAUUUGCAGAGAUCAGACUGUCUCACAGAUGAGAGAUUUGUUAACUGAAGUGUCUAAGGAAGAUCACAGUAAAUCAGCCAUGUUUGCGUGUGUGUUGCUGAGUCAUGGAGAUGAUGGAAGGAUAUUUGGCACAGAUGACUGUAUUGAGCUGAAGGAACUGUUUGCGCUCUUCAGAGGAGACCGCUGCAAAUCUCUGGUGGGGAAACCCAAGCUUUUCUUCAUUCAGGCUUGCCGAGGCUCAGGUCUGGAUGCUGGCAUUGAGUCCGACUAUGAAAGUGAAGAGGAAACACAGAAAAUUCCUGUUGAGGCAGAUUUUUUGUAUGUCUACUCCACUGCACCAGGUUAUUUUUCCUGGAGGAACGUUGAUAAUGGUUCCUGGUUCAUCAUCUCAUUGUGCGAGAUGCUGUCAAAAUACGGCAGGCGACUGGAGAUCAUGCAGAUCAUGACACGUGUCAACCACAAGGUGGCGCUGGACUUUAAAUCCUCCUCCAUAUUUUCACGGUUUGAUGGCAUAAAACAGAUACCAUGUAUUGUGUAUAUGCUGACCAAAGAACUCCAUUUCCCUAAAUAAUUCGUGUAUUUUACUCAUUAUGUUGCAUUGGGAUACAAAUACUUUUAAAUCAUAUAAAAAAGCAAUACUAUGUAGCCAUUUAAAGCACUGAAGACUGCAGUCAAAACGAGUAGGGAUAUAAAGAAAAUGUAUAAUUAAUCAUUAAUAUAUGACAUUAUCUGUAUUUUUUCAUACUGGUGUGUGGUAUGUUUACAGUGCUGGAUUUGUCACAUAUAUUUCUUUUAUGAUCUUUAAGCUGGGUCACACAUUGAUUGUGGUUUGUUCUGCUGGAGCUGGUAUUCGAUCUGUGGAAAGCAUUGACAUGAGUAUAAGUGACUAUAGGUUUGUUACCUAUGAAAUUAAUGUUAUGUUUUCCCGAUCUUUGUCUGAACGUAGCAUUACAUUUUGUAAUAUCAAGCAUAUGUACUUCCCACCACUAACUCUGUUAAGUCUCUGUUUAAGGGCCAGAUUUACUAACAGCUUGUGCCAGCGCUGAAAAGACAUGGACACCGUUAUUUUUGCGUAUUGAGUUAUUUUUCGCUUUUAUGGAAUUGUGCUCUAACGUUAAUUUGCCCUGUUUAGUAAAUCUGGCCCUAGGACUGUUAAUAAACUUCUUAAACCAGCUAAGGACAUUGUUCACUCCUCUGUUGAUCAGUGUUAUACGUUUCUUAACAGUUCUUUAAUCUCUAUCACCCUGGCUGAAUAGUUGAUAUUCAGCCUUUAAAUCCUCCAAUCACUACUUUUCCGAACUUUGAAAUGGUUGAAAUUUACUUUAUUAUAACAGCCCUCUACGAACACCUUGGCAAUUGA